ACACAUUUGGAAAUAUAUUCGUUAGCAAAAGAAUUUAAUCAGCUUAAAACGUUUUAUCAAACGAAUGACGAUUAUGAGUUAGAAUUAAAAGAAACAUUAGAGAAAGAAGAAUCUCCUCUUGAAAAUAUAGAGUCUAGCAAUAUAGAACAACAAUUCGAUAAUCAAAUCCUUACGACUUUACAAAUUGAAAAGUUUCAAAAAAUAUUUGCCCAACAUACUAUUAAAGAAGGUGAUGAUGAGCAAGAAACUGAUGAGAAAGUGAUGACGCGUUUAGAUCAGCAGGAAAAGGAGGCUUUUUUUUUGAAACUUCGUACCUUAGUUUGCUAUAAUUCUAAAAUGUGCUUAAAUAAAAUUGAUCAUGAAUCAGCAUUUCAAAAUUUUGAUAUUAUUCGAAAAUUAUCAAAAACAGAGUAUAAUAUGUUUCUCUUAGGAAUGCUUCAUACAAUGACUCGUUCUAAUGAGACUUUACAUGGCAAAGGAAAACAAUACUUAACAGUUAAAUAUACUUUUAAUAAUGAUGAAAUUUGCGAAAUAGCUUUUUGA